AGAAUCGCGGUCGAGGACCUGAUUUUGUUUGAAGAAGAGCGAGUUUUGAUCUUUUGUAAGUAGAGAAAGGAUGUCGGAGCAUACACACAGUCACAGUCAUCACGGAGACGGCGGAGGACACGGACACGGCCAUUCGCAUUCCCACAGUCCGCCGCCAGAAGACACGUUCGACUCUCAGUCCUUGUACAAGCACAUCAACAUCGACCAGGUGACUACAAUGAACGAAAGCGAGCCCGAUGCUGGGAAGGGCGUGAUUAAGCCCUGGAGCGAGAGAUAUGACACGACAAAGAUCCUGGAAAGCGACGCCGAUGAGCAACUGAUCAUGUUCAUUCCAUUCACAGGAAUGGUAAAGCUCUACUCCCUCCUCCUCCGCACAGCACCCACCUCCUCCGCCCCGCGCACCCUCAAACUCUUCAAGAACCGCACCGACGUCGACUUUUCGAUCGCAGAAGACCUCAAAGCCGACGAGCAGCUCGAGCACAACAACUCGAUCGCCGAUAUCGUUGAGUACCCGCUCAAGCGCGCGAUCUUCUCAAACGUGAAAAGUCUCACGCUGUUCGUGCAGGAUAACUACGGUGACGACGUCUCGAUGAUCUCGUAUAUCGGACUGCGCGGGGAAUGGAAAGAGCUUUCGAAGGACCCGGUGAUUACGAUAUACGAGGCUGCGGCCAAUCCAGCAGACCACAAGAAUCUCGUCGGAGCAGAGAAUUUCAUGUCCGAGUAUAGCGGCGGUGCUUAAAUCUUGAUCCCUGCUCUACCGAGAAAUAUCUAACUGUAUGCAACUUACAGACAACAUAUUGAUAAGCAAUUGUAUUAUUCUAGGAAACAAAAAGACAAACAUGUAUACCAAACAAACCAUGUU